AUGGGCUCUCUGUCGGACUCGCAGGCGAAUGGCGACCGUCAGCCGCCGCCGGCGGAGGCGGAGGAUGCCGGGCCGCAGGUCGAGGAGGGAGAUACCGGCGAGAAGAUGGAGGGCGUCGCAUCCAUCGCGCUGCUGCCCUCUGGCGCCAUCUCCGGCCACUUCAUCCGCCUCCCGGACUCCGCCUGCUACGGCCUCCAGGGCACCCGUACACAUCUCUCUUCAUUCACCCUUAUAAGAGAAGAUAUCUUUAGCUUAUAUUGCCGUGUCCUUUUUCUUUUCUAUCAUAGGAAGACAGAGAAGGUGGUUGUGGUGGAAUGCAGGGGACAUGAUGCUGCUCGAUUACAAAACAUUGACCAUUUGCAUGGAUGGGAAGAUGACGUUGUUGGACUGGUUCAAAAGAAACAUGGGAAUAAGAAAGUCUUGGUCUCUUUCGAAUGCGAGACGCUGAAGGCUGAUAAAGCCGCUGAAGAACAUAUUAGCAAGUAUAUGCCAAAUCUUUGCGGACUGGACGCAGUUGUAAACACGGGGAAGAUGAGUAUCUCCGGCAUCAACCUAGACGAGGACGAUGAACCAAGCGGCGACAGCUGA